AUGGCGCAAGUCUCACGAUACAACACCGAAGAGUUGAAGAAUUUGGUGAAUAACGACGAACGUCUCGAAGAGCUGGUCAACAAUCUUCCUCAGGUGAAAGCGCUGCUGACCGAAAAACAACUGUUGUUGGGGCAUAACAAAUCCAUAGCCGAGCGAAACCUGGCCAAAGAACCGGAAUUGAAUGAGGCGAGAGAGCGUUUAAAAGCGUCGUACGAAAAGGCUGUAUCUUUGAGGAACGAGUUCAACGCCAAGAAGUCAGAACUAGAAGGCAUAUGCGACCAGCGCUCACUGGGCACGACAUUAGCUCUUCUGCAAACGGCUGCGGCACAAAGCGAAGAGGAGAGUGAUAAAAUAGCUGAUAAAUUCUUAUCAGGAACGAUGGACAUCGAAGAAUUCAUCGACAAGUACAAGGAAACAAAGCAGCUGGCGCACACGCGAAAAAUCAAGGCCGAUAAAUUAAUGGAAAUCGUUCGAUCUCUCGGUGACCGAACCAUGUAA